UGAACUCAAUGUUUCUUUUCUAUAGCAAUCUCCAUCUUUAUUGACUUUUCGGACCAAAAGACCCAUUUUCUACCGCGCUAUCAUCAUCCCUGUACGAUCUUUCGAGUAAACAUGUAAAAUGGAGAACAUCAUGAUUCAGUGACAAUGAGGAGGUUUUGGGGAAUUUUUCUGUGCUGUUUUGGUGUAUGCAGUGUAUGUAGAGAAUGCUUUGCUGGAAACUGUCCCCAGGACUGGAUAGAAUUCUGUAACAGGACGACACAUAUCGGAUGUUACUGGGUUGAAUUACAAAAUGUCAGCUAUCUUGUUUCUUACAGCAUCUGUUCUGGUGCUAAAUAUGAAUCUUCUCUUGUAAUGCCCACUGAUCCACUGGAACGAGAUUUCGUUAUCAACUUGGCAAUGUUUCAAGAUUUCUGGUUGGGUGCAGGACAGGACCCCACAACAUGUUACGUAGGUAAUGGGGUCAGUCCAUCACCUGUUGUUAAAAGUUGUAAUGAUGGCAGUUAUACAGUAUGCACGAUGUCUGUGCGUCUUACUAGCAUAACAGGCUGUUCCAUCUUGACAACUGAAUCUGCUUUCCCCACAACAGUAAUUACAACAAAAAUUGAAACUGAGGCUUCAUCAACAACAAAGAUUGAAACUAAUGCCUUAUCAACAACAAACAGUCAAACUGAAGCCUUAUUGACAACAGGAAGUGAAACUGAAGCCUUAACCACAGCAAGUGACCAACUGACCACAGCUUCUUCAGAUUCGUACAGGAAUUUAUCUUUGGACAAUGGAGAAACUCAGUGUCCAUGUGUAGAAGUCUGUUACACAAACUACGAAACAUAUGAAAUUGAUAUCAAAGUAAAGAACAUUAAGCAAAAUCUAACUGUUGAUGUAUCCACCCUCUCUGCGACAGUACGAAAACUGACGUGUGCUGAGGACCCUCGACCAUCCUCUGCUUAUAUUGGCUACACAGGGGGGAUAAUCAUGUCUAUGUUCUUACUAAUGAUCAUCGCUCUUGAUUGCUUUCCUAAAGCACACCGUAAACUUCCUAAAGUACCGUAACACUCAUAAACUUUAAGAUAAAUUGUGAAAUUUGACAUUUUAUUGUGAAUAUAGGUAAAUAAUUAAUUGUCUUUGAUAUUCUAAGAAGACCACCAACAUUUCUCAGUGGACUUUCUAAAGAAAUGGGGAAAAUUGCUCAGAUCUGUGAUUACUGUGCUAGCUUUGUGUUCGUCAUCGUUUUUCUUUUUAAUCGUUGAAAAUUUUUCCAUAGAUAUUGGAAUUCUUCGAUUUUCAUGCUGUGAUUUCAUGAUUUCCUGCUUACAUAAUUGAUCAUUAUUCAAGGAAUCAAUAGAUAAAAAUAAUUUAUUGCAGAGGAGAUACAAAUCAGCUGCCCAUUGGCUACAAAGCUCACCUUGUGGAAGUGUUAUGAAGCAUUCAUUUUAUGCUUAGUUUUGAAAAUGCUCACAAUCGCUCAGCUUAGUAACAAUGCUUUAAUUUUCACAUUUCUUAGAGGAAAUAGGGUACUACAUGUAUGUUCAAAUAGUGUACUAUGUGUGAUGACUUGGUAUGCUGCGAUUCUUUUUUUUUAUUUAAAGAGUUGUAGGCACAAGUCUCUGACUAUGGCUUUAAAUUACACUAAUAGUAGUCAAAG